GUCAAGAUUUCCUGUAUAAAUUGUCGACUAUUCCGGUCUGUCCCCGUUUAACAGUUUGGUGUACUACAGAAUAACGGAUCGCUCGCUUCAUCUGAAUUAUUGGAAGAUUACUGGCCGACGCAGCAGAUGGCAAAACACUUUCUCACAUCCCUCUUGUUAGCAAUCAGCAUCUUUCAAGUGGGACUAAGCGCUGCGGUGAAUAAGAUUUCUGAACAGAAAUGGGGAAGGAAAAUUACGUUUAAUGGACAAACCAGGGCGUUUACUUGUCCUGAAGCUGACGGCUCUUAUGCAACACCGAACCAGUGUAUUGCCCAGUAUUAUGAAUGCGUGAACGGAAUACCUUGUCCUGAGACGUGUCCACCAGGCUACUUGUUCGACCCAAUAACGUUAGUGUGCACGCUUGCCGCUCAAACGACUUGCAAUCAACACAUCGAUUGUCCUUCAGACGGACUGUAUCCAUAUCCUGGUGCCUGUUCCAGUUUGUACUUUGUUUGCAGCAAUGGAGAUUCUUAUUUGACGUAUUGUACGGAAAACUAUGUCUUCGAUCCUACACUUCUAAGAUGCGUUCUGCAAGAAGAUGCUACGUGUACAUCUACUACUUCAACAACCAGGACUACUGUACCUUCUCCAACUACACCUCCUAUGCCAACAACAAAGCCCAUAACGACAACUGAACCCACCACCACAACAACUGAGGCUACGACCACAACUCAAUCCACAACAACGACGACUGCGCCUACAACAACAACUGAGGCCACAACAACCACAACUGCCCCCACAACAACGACAACUGAGGCCACAACGACGACAACUGCGCCCACAACAACAACUGAGUCUACAACGACGACAACUCUUCCCACAACUGAGGCCACAACUACAACAACUCUUCCCACAACAACCACAACUGCACCCACAACAACGACGACUGAGGCCACAACAACAACUCUUCCCACAACUGAGGCCACAACGACGACAACUGAGGCCACAACAACAACUGAGGCCACAACGACAACUCUUCCCACAACGACAACUCUUCCCACAACUACCACAUCUGAGGCCCCAACAACGAUAACUGAGUCCACAACGACGACAAUGGUUCCAACAACUACCACAACCGAGCCCCCAAAAAUGACAACAAAAACAACCGAACCACCAAGAGAAGAGUCUACGACAACAACAGCAGCUCCCAUUACUACGACACUGACUCCUGCGAAUACUCCGCCGAUAACAACAACAACGAACACAACGCCGAUCAAACCGGCGGAACCAUUCGUUUGCCCCCAGUCGGACGGAUUGUUUCCCGUUCCAGGCGUGGCAUGCAGCAAUCAAUUUUGGAUGUGCUCAAAUUUUUAUGCAUAUCUUAUGGACUGUCCUGUGCCUAUCUUUUAUAACCCGGCAAUCCAAGUGUGCGAUUGGAAAGAAAACAUUGCGGGUUGCAAUUAAACGAUGCGGAGAUAGGCUUAAAUUUCCGGAAUAACUAGUUCAUGGAAUAAUACCAGGAAAUCAUUGCAGGGACAUAGUUGGCAGAUUGUCUUUUAAUUUUGUUUGUUUGAUCUUAAAAUAAUAUUUUGGUAAUAGACUGAAUAAAGAAUCAAUACAAUCAAUUUUGAAUA